UUUGAAAAUUGCCUUAGAAUCUCGCUCUGAAUCCUCGAAAAUGCCAAAACUACAGUCCGUUCAAGGACCUGGCGGUCCUACCCGGUCCGUUACCUCUCCUGCUCAUAAGAAUCCUCCAGGACAGUCCUCUCCCAGAAAAUUUUACUCCGCCAAAUCGCAUACCGCACAUUCCCAGGGGAGCCGCGAUUAUAUACCGAUUUAUACGAGGAGUGCUCCCCAUAGCGGCUCAACACCGGUCACUGAGGCAGCAGGUCAGCCUAUUGAUGCUCCGGAGCAAACCUCUGCAUGGUCAAGUAUGUGGAAAUAGAAGUU